CACUUCAUGAUAUCGUCGGCUCACCCCCUGCUGAUCCGGUGGUGAACCUUGUCGCUGGUCAUGAUGCUCCAAAGACUUAUUGUCCUAUCCAGGGACUCGUGGAUAGCGGUGCGAACGCCUCCAUUCUGAACAGCUCUAUCGUUCACUUUCUUCUUGCUAACGACACCAUAAGGCCUGCCGAUGUCAAGGCUCUAUCACCGCCUGUGUCCGUUACCUUCGGUAAUAAUCAGGCUCUCUCGGCUGGCUCUGUCGCCAAGGUCCCUUGUUUCCUUGGAUCCGCUGGCACUGUCACCAUCUCAUUUCUGGUCGUUGAUGG